AUGAACCAACCAAAUAUAUCGACGUACCCACAGGGGACGACUUUGACUGUAGGAUCACACCAGGUCCAGAUUAUCAAGUAUUUGACUGCUGGGGGAUUUGCACAGAUCUAUCAAACUACCAUCUCUCCAAUAGACCCCUUUUCUGGCACGAACAUUGCGUGUUUGAAAAGAGUUAUCGUGCCUGAUAAGCCGAGCCUCAAUGUCCUCAGAGCGGAGGUGGAUGCUAUGAAAUUGCUAAGGAAUAAUCGGUGUGUAGUGUCUUACAUCGACUCUCACGCAGCUAAAUCUAGUUUUCAAAACGGGACUUAUGAGGUGUUCUUAUUAAUGGAAUACUGUGAGAAUGGUGGAUUAAUCAACUUUUUAAAUUCUAGGUUGCAGAAUAGACUGAAGGAGUCAGAGGUCGUAAAUAUCAUGUGGUCUGUAUCACAGGGGGUUGCUGCAAUGCACGCCUUACAACCUCCAUUGGUACACCGAGAUAUCAAGAUAGAAAAUGUUUUGCUCUCCAAAAAUAAUGAGUUCAAGCUAUGCGAUUUUGGUUCUGUUAGUGGCCCAAUCAGGCCACCAUCCAAUCCGCAAGAGCUAGCUUUGGUACAAAAUGAUAUCAUGAGAAAUACUACUGCACAGUACAGAUCACCCGAAAUGAUAGACAUGUCGAGGGGGUUUCCAAUUGACGAGAAAUCAGAUAUUUGGGCUCUUGGUGUCUUUUUAUACAAGAUUUGUUAUUAUACAACACCCUUCGAAAAAUCUGGAGAAGCUGGUAUUUUAACCUCCAGGUACGAAUUUCCAGCUUUCCCUGCCUAUAGUGAUCGAUUGAGACAUCUAAUUAGUAAACUGCUGGCGGUGCAACCCAAUCACAGACCAAACAUAUACGAUGUGGUCAAAGAACUUUCUGAUAUGAAGAACAUAUCUUGUCCAAUUAUAAAUUUCUACUUGAAACCUAAUAUGACCGACGCAUCGAAUAACAUUCAACAUUUGCAUUCAAUAAUGAACAACACUAAUACUUCUACAGUCCAAAUACAGCAACAGCAACUGCAGUUACAAUUACGACAGCAACAACAGGUUAAAGUAUGCCGGCAACAAACUCCAAGUCAGAUAGAGGCACCCCAAUUGUACAUGGUAACAGGUUCUGGUGACCCACUUUCAAAUGAGAGCCUGGAAGGUGCUGAUAUGCCCGUCCUAUCCAGAUCUCGUUCUUCGGGGGCACUAAAACCUAUGGCUUUGAAUAGCCACAGAAAGUAUUAUGAACACAACUUGAACAAUCAACCUCAAACCCCCGCUCUUCCAGAGAAAUCACAGAGACAAGUACUGAACAAACCUAUCGUGCUUGAAGAUAUUGACUUAUCAUCAUCAUCGGAAGAUGAUGACACUGAGGGAAGCUCUAUUGAUGAUAACAUCAUUAAUUCCAUUAACUUGCCUCCUAAUGCCAAUAAAAGGCUUGGUGGCAGGAGAUCAGUAUCUAUUUUCAACCCCAAAAAUGACACUGAUUUAAAGCACAUUACCAAAGCUAACGAGAAAUCCAAGGAGAGUUCAGGACCAAAAAAAGUUUUUUCGAAAGAAGAGGUCAGAAAGAGAAUGAUGGAGAAGUUGAAAGAGAAAGAUAAGGGUAAAAAUACAACUGAGCCUGUGUCAAGAAGCAUUUCAACUACUCCGCGCAAGGCCCCUAAGGGUCCGCCAGUCCCUCAUAAACCGGAUCGUUUGAGACCAGUCUUACCUUCAAAACCCGCAUUUCUAUCUGGCAAGAGAGUACAAGAUAUAAGCGAUGCUAUCAAUAGUAAAUGA